CCGCCGCACUCGUGGGCGGCAAUCACGGCUACUCGGCGUCUCUAAAAUCCUACUUCUCGAACACCCUAGCGGCUAGAAUCCAGAACAAGCGUGAGAUUGCAGAUUGGACGGAACCAGACACGGGGGAUGAGGAGAGGACUGGGGAACUACCCGUAGCGGCGCAGCCAUCGCCUCUGACCGGCCGGCGCCUGGACUAACAGACGACUACUUAUUGCCGGCGUGUAUCACCAGCGGCGUUUUUGAGAGUUCUAAAAAACACCCUGCAGUAUCACCAGAGAUGGCGGAGCCUGCGCCUGGACUUCACGGCUGUAGCUCCUGUAGUUUCACGUGGGCGUAUUUUGAAUCUUCUCAACGUACACCUGUAGCUCCUGUAAUUCACGCCGUUGGUGUAUUUUGAAAUUUAUCGACGUACAGCUUUAGAGGUGCUUUUUUUUUGUUUUUUUCUCGACAUACACCACAACAAGAAGCAAUGGCGGAGCGAUCUCCGCGAUCGCCCCUCACCGGCCGGCGCCUGGACUUCACAGCUGUAGCUCGAGGCACGGAGGGGCCUGUAGCGCAGGCAGCGGCGCAAGACGCGGAGAUGGGGGAACCGACGGUUGGCACACCAGCGGCAGACGCGGGGAGCGAUGGAGCGACGAUGGUCUUGCAAGUUUCUGCAACACCUGCUGCUGCUGCUGCUCCUGCUGAGGUGUCCGUUGCGGUGCGAAACGCGGAGAUUCGGCGGGGGAUAACGGCGAUCAAGGCGGAGAGCCAGCGGCAGCGGACUGGCCUCGUCCAGGAGCUACUGGCAGAGAAUCGGAAGAAUCUUCUUGCUGUCAAAAUGAAACACAGGGCCGCUGCCUGUGCUGCGGCAGGAGGUAUCCCCUGGCCACGUCAGCAAAAUCCUAGUCGGCAUCAAGUGAGCAGCGACGCAGGUCCGGGAGCAGGUCCGGGAGCAGGUUCGGGGCUGGCAGUCUUGGGAGUAGCUGGUUCGGGAGUGGCAGGCUGGGGGGCUAUCUCAGCGGUAUUGAAAAGGCCUGGCACUACGGAGGAAGGAGCAUGGGCAGCAGCAGCAGCAGCAGCAGGAGCAGCAGCAGCAGGAGGAGGAGGCGCAGCGGGAGCAGGAGGAGCAGGAGGAGGAGGGAGAGGUGGCGGGGGUGACAUGGCUUCUGCAGUUCCGCGGACUAACCCAAUCAAGAUGGCGGCUGUUCAGAACGUGCCGACCUUCACCACCUGGAUCUUCCUCGCCAAGAACGAGCAGAUCCCAGACGAGCAGUCCCUAGUGGGAAGGCGGAGGCUGUAUUACGAUGCGGAGAAGGAGGAGACGACAGUGUGCAGUGAGUCAGAGGAUGAGGGCACGCCGUCCAGCCAGCUCAAGGACUUCAGUGCCGUGCAAGAUGCGCUCAUAUGGAGGACCAUCCAGCAGCAGGGCGACUCAGGCACUGUGAUUGAGCAUCUGGCGUCGUCCCUCAACGCCCAGGCAGAGCAGAUCCACGUGCGGCACAAGGAGCUGAAGGAGCAAUACCAAGAGAUUCUGGAAUUUCUUGAGAAGAAGAAGCAGCAGCAGGAGCAGGCACUUGCCGGGGCAGAGACAGCAGAGGGUAAGGGGAACAGAGGGGAGGCAGCAGACUCAAAAGUGGCAACUGGUGCAACGGCAGCAGCAGGGGCAGCAGAGACAGAAGUGAGAACAACAGAUGCAGGAACAGGAGCAAGCGGAGCAAGAGGAGCAAGAGGAGCAAGUGGAGCAAGUGGAGCAAGAGGAGCAAGUGGAGCAGGUGGAGCACAAGAAAGCACAGCAGAAGGAGGCACAGCACAAGCAGCAGCAGCAGCUGUAGAAACAGGAGCAGGAUGUGCAGAUUGUUUAGGGUCAGAGUCAGAGCCUGAGUCUGAGCCAGGCAGUGUGGGAAUGGAGCUGGUCUGGAGAAGUCUCCAAACAGUGCGCUUCCCUUUUGCAACCCCGCCUGAUGCUGCCUGCUGGUGGCAACAGACACACACGCAGAGAGAGGCGCCAGGGCAACAGGAGUCGACACUGCAGCAGCAGAUUUCACAGUUGUCGCCCUCACAGCAGCAGACGAGUGUGAGAGGAGACGAGCAGCAGAGAAGCGAUCCAAUGCAGGUGGAUGGGAGGGAGGGAUCGGCUCCGGAUGCUGCAGAAGAAAGGCCAGGCUUGCAGGCAGCAGUUGAAAGGUUGUCGUUAGCAGCAACAGCCAAAACAACAGCCGGAGCAACAGGCGAAGCAACAGCCGAAGCAACAGCUGAAGCAGCAGCAGCGGCAGCAGUUGAAAGGUUGUCGAUUGCAGCGACAGGCGAAGCAGCAGCAGCAACAGCAGCCGAAGCAGCAGCGGCGGCAGCAGCAGCAGCAGCAGCAGAAGCAACAGGCGAAGCAGCAGCGGCAGCAGCAGCAGUUGAAAAAUUGUCGAUUGCAGCGACAUGCGAAGCAGCAGCAGCAACUGGCGAGGAGGCAGCAACAGCAGCAGCAGCAGCAGCAGCAGCAGCAGCAGCAGCAGUGAAAGGUGAUGACAUCACAACGGGCUGUCAUGAAGCCUCUGCCCCAGCCACAGGCCCUAGUGCUGCUGAUUCUCCUGGCUGUGAUGGUGCCAAUACCCUGCCCGGUUUUGUUGCUGCUUCCACUGCUGGUUCGGCUGCUGACAGCGAGUCCAUUGGUUUAGGCUCCGGUGCUGUGUGUGAAGCCACGAGGGGGCCAGCUGCUGUGUGUGACGCCACGAGGCGGGAUCUGCUGGGGCAGUUUGAGGACUUGGAGGGAGCCAUGGACUCGUGGGACCACCUCUUCUGCCGCAGAUGCCUCAUCUUUGAUUGCAAGACGCAUGGAACCGUUGACGAGCCAGUGGUUCCUUCGGACCAGCAGCCUCCCUUGGAAUCAACAGACCUUGCCAAGUCUCCCAUGCCGGCCGAGCCGUGCGGCCCCUUCUGCUUCAUGCAUGUGCCUGCCCUUGUGGCUCUGAAGCUAGCUCGGAUGCAAGCAGCCGAGGAGAAGGCAGCAAAAAUGGGGAAACCGUGGGCGAAAGGCAGGAAGAAAGGGAAGGCGAUGGCUGGAGGGGCGAGAAAGGAAGAGGAAGAAGUGGAAGUAGAUAUAUCUGAUAGUGAUAGUGAUGGUGGGGAGAGUGAGGAGGAGGAAGAGGAGGGGGAGAAGGAGCAAGUCGAGGAGGGGCGGGAAGAAGUGGAUGAGGAGGAAGACGAGGAGGAGGAGGAGGAGGGCGGCGACGAGGGAAGGACGGUGAAGGGAGAGGGGGAAAGGAAGGGUGUAGGGCGCGGGAAGGAGAAGGUGGUGGACGGAAAAAGGGGGGAAAAGAUGGAGGAGGGGGAGGAGGAAGAGGAGGACGUUCGUCUCAGAGCAAGGGUAUACACAGGGGGAGUGGCUGUGGAGGGAAGUAGUCAGGGCGUAGGGAGGGGUGGCAAGACGGGGAGGGGAAGAGGGAAGGGAAGAGGGGGGGGGCCUCCGAGGAGAGGAAUGCCAGGGAGAGGGGACAGAGGAAGGGGACGAGGGGUGCGGAGCAGUGGGGGCAGGGGUGGGGAGAGCAGGGGAGGAGGGAAUGGGGAGAAGGAUGAGGGCGCGAGGGGGAGGCGCGAGAGGGAGCGUGGCAUUGAGGUUUUGGAGACUAGUUCUGAGGAGAGAGAUGCGAGUGAUGAGGGUGGUGAGGGCGUUGGGGAUAUUGAGGGUGAUGAGGAGGCUAAUAACGGGGAUGAGGGGGAAGGGAGUGAUGUGGAGUUUGUUGGGGUUGAGGAGGUGGGUGUGGAGCGCGGGGGAAGGGACGAGGGGGGGAAGGAGGAAGGGAGGCAGGAAGAGGGGAAAGACGUAGGAGUAGAGGCGGAGUCAGGGGGAGACAAAGGAUGGAGGGCAAAGGAGGGAGGGAAGGAGGGGAAGGAGGGGAAGGAGGGGAAGGAGGGGAAGGAACAGGAGGGGAGGGAACACAAGGGGAGGGAGCAGGAUGAGCAGCAGCAUGGGGCGCAGCACGAGUGGAGCCCGCUGGAGCGGGAGCUGCUGAGCAAGGGCGUGCGGGUGUUCGGCGCGGGCAGCUGUGUGCUGGCUGCCACGGUGCUCUCGCACCUCAAAACGUGCUCCCAGAUCGCCCUCUGUCUUCUGGAUGAGGAGCACCGCACUGCACCGGACGAAACCCCCACCCCGGUGGGUCGGCCUCGUCGGCGCACCGCCAAGGCGCGGAGGAGGCAGGUGCAGUCGCAGUGGGGGUACUACAAGGGGCGGAGGAAGGGGGGGGCGGGGCAGCCAGUGGUGGUGCAGCGGCUCAAGGCCAAGGCUUCUAAAGAGGACCAGUAUCAGCCGUGCAGCUGCAAGGGCCCCUGCUCCAAGGCCACCUGCACCUGCAUUCAGAAUGGCUGCUUCUGUGAGAAAUACUGCGGCUGUGUUCAAGCCUGCAAGAACCGCUUCAGGGGGUGCAACUGCGCCAAGAGCCACUGCUCCUCGCGCCUCUGCCCGUGCUUUGCUGCUUCGAGGGAGUGUGACCCGGACCUAUGCCGCAACUGCUGGGUCGACUGCGGGGAUAAGCGGGAGGGGGCGGUGCUGCCGCUGCUACCACCUGUGAGGGAGCGCAGCUACGACUGCCACAACAUGCGACUGCUGCUGCGGCAGCACCAGCACAUUCUCUUGGCCAGAUCAGACGUGGCUGGCUGGGGCGCCUUUGUCAAGAAUGGCGUGGCAAAGAACGAGUAUGUGGGGGAGUACACAGGCGAGCUCAUAUCGCAGCCAGAGGCCGAGAGGAGGGGCAAGAUCUACGACCGAAUCAACUGCUCCUUCCUGUUCGACCUCAACGCAGAGUAUGUGCUGGACGCGUUUCGCCGAGGCAACAAGCUCAAAUUUGCCAACCAUUCACUCUCGCCAAACUGCCACGCCAAGGUCAUAAUGUCUGGUGGCGAUCACAGAGUGGCCAUUUAUGCAAAAGAGUCGAUUGAAUCGGGGAAGGAAUUGUUUUAUGACUACGGGUAUGCAUCCAAUUGCACGCCUAUGUGGGCGCUCAAGCUCGGCACUGCUCAAAGGAGGACAAACGGUCCAGGAGGAAGCUCAAAGACAACCAGAAAGGCUCAAAAGGCUUCAUAGUAAAAAAAAAAAGGGGGACAUGUUUCUCAUCCUUCUUUUUUACUGUUGUAUUGUUUGGACAAUAUAAAGCACUUUUUAGCUCGUGUAACAGUCUGAACAGUUUCAGACAUACGAGCUUUCGCUCAGGUUCAGGAGGCUCGGUUACAAUCAGGUGUUCUG